GCUCAUUCUAAAGCAAAAGGCAAAAUUAUUGAGAGCCUUUGCUUUUGUUUUUUUAUGGAGGUAUCUUCCUUCUUCCUUUCAAAGGAGUUGAUGAAAGGCUUGCUUUAAACAUAGAGACUUCUGAAGAAGAGAGAGUGAGAGAAUGGCUGAGAUUGCUGUUCAGUUCGCAAUACAAAAAUUGCUCGAUUUUCUAACAAAGGAAGCAUAUUUCCUUGAAGGAGUACAUGAGCGGGUCACAUCUCUUGAAAAAACACUAGAAAAAAUACGUGACUUACUCCAGGACUUCGAUGGGAAGCGCAGAAAAAAUGGUGUGGUUAAGCAUUGGGUGGGCGAAAUAAGAGAAGUAGCCUAUGAUGCUGAGGACAUCAUCGACUCCUACAUCUUUAACACUGCACACCAGCGAGGAGAGACAGGUGCUGGAUUCAUGAGAAUACUAAGAAGUUUUUCUCAUCGCAUCACAGACAUCCCAGCCAUCCGCCAGGUUGGAAAGAAGAUCAGCGACAUAGAAAGAAGGCUCAAUGAGAUCUUGUCCAACAGACCAGAGCUUGGCAUCGACAAUAUAUCAGCAUCCGGAGAAGCUUCAUCUUCUUCAUAUCAAAGCUAUACAUGGAGGGAGAAGAGGGCUCCCAUCGCCGAGGAAGCCGAUAUAGUUGGUGUUGAAGAUGAGACAAAGACACUGGUGGGCCGGCUGAAUGAAGGAGAUGUGCGGCGUGCUGUCAUUUCGAUCACUGGUAUGGGAGGAAUAGGUAAGACCACUCUCGCUAAGAAAGUUUACAAUAACAUCGAUAUAAAGAAGAAUUUCGAUUUUCAUGCCUGGGUGUCUGUGUCUCAAGAACAUCGACUGCGAGAGAUUUUUCUGAGCAUUCUAAAAUCUCUGGGACAAAAUGAAAGCGAGACGAUGCCCGAGGAAGACCUGCCUAAGCAGCUCUAUGAGAACUUGGAAGGGAAGAAAUAUCUGGUGGUAAUUGAUGAUAUAUGGACUCGAGACGCUUGGAACGGUUUGGUCUCUGCAUUUCCAGACACGCAAAAGGGCAGCAGGGUGCUGCUCACCACUCGCAAUGAAGAAAUAGCUAAGUAUGCAGACCCACAGAGCACGCCCCAUAAAAUGCAUUUUCUUAAUGAAAGUGAGAGCUGGGCAUUGUUCUGUAAGAAAGCACUUCCUGGAAAUCUUGCUCUUCCAUGCCCUGCAAAUCUGGAGGAGUUGGGGAGAAAGAUUGUUGCAAAAUGUGGAGGUUUACCCCUAGCUAUCGCAGUACUCGGAGGCGUCCUAUCAAGGAAAGAGAAAUCAGUGAAUGAGUGGUACAAAGUGCGUACAAGUCUCGAAUGGCAUCUACAUGAAAGCGAAGAUGCCAUCUCGGGCAUAUUGGCCCUGAGCUACCAUGACUUGCCCUAUUACUUGAAGCCCUGCUUUCUUUAUUUUGGAGCUUUUCCUGAAGACUCUGAAAUUGAAGCGGACAACUUGAUUAAGUUGUGGAUAGCAGAAGGGUUCGUGCAGCAAAGAGGAGAAGAAGAACUGGAGGAUGUUGCAGAGGAUUACCUAGAUGAACUCAUCAGUAGAAGCAUGAUUCAGGUGGCAAGAAGGAAGAGCAAUGGAACGGUUGAAAACUGCCGUAUUCAUGAUCUUCUACGCGACCUCUCAAUAUCAGAAGGCAAGGGGGACAGAUUUCUGGAUGUGCAUUGGAACAUAGCCCCCACGUCACCCACCAAGGCACGCAGACUUGCAAUUACUUGUGGUGGCAUUAGUAAGUCUCUCUCUCUUAACCGCUCCGCUUUACACCUUCGCUCCUUCUUGUACUUCGGUAGAAUCAGUGAUAUGCUGGUGAAACCGCAGUUGAAAAUCCUAUUAGGAGCUUUCAAAUUGCUUAGGGUGAUGGAUCUCCAAAAUAUACGACUCUCUAGUCUCCCAGAUGAAAUUGGGUAUAUAAUCCACUUGAGGUACCUACGUCUCAAUGUACUUCAAAUGCUACCAUCCACUAUAACCCGCCUGUCCAAUUUACAAACACUUUAUCUAUGCUGUCCGGAGGACAACAUGCAGCUGGAUGAUAUUUGUAAGAUGGAACAGAUACGACACCUACUGCUACCAUCGGGAUGUUCAAUCAGCAAACGCACGCCACUCCAUCGCUUAAGCAAUCUCCAGACUCUAAAGGCAGUAAAGGCAGAGAGCUGGAUAGAAGCUGGGUUAGAGAAACUGACCAAUUUGAGAGAUUUGGACAUGCAUGAUCUGAAAAUGGCAUCAUCCCAUUUCGUUUGUAAAUUGGUUCGUCUCAGAUCAUUAAGGCUAAUCUCAAGAUCUGGAUGUUCGAUUCCAGCUUUUGAGUCCUUCUCAAAUCAUCAGCAUCUAUAUAAGAUGAUAUUGUACGGAUGCUUAGAGAAAUUUCUGGACCUGCACGAAUUCCCACCUAACCUCACCGAGCUACACUUGAAUGGGUCCCAAAUACAGCAAGAUCCAAUGGGAACGCUGGAGAAGCUGCCGAACCUACGGAUUCUCACAUUACGCGAACGUAACUCGACAAGGAAAGAUGAAUCUUACAUGGGAAAGGAAAUGGUUUGUUCCGCCGGAGGGUUUCUGCAGCUCGAAAGUUUGAGUGUUGAGGCAGAUGAAUUAGAGGAGUGGAGAGUGGAGGAAGGAGCGAUGCCGAAUCUUAGAUUUCUACAGAUGAUUGAUUGUAGAAGAUUGAAGAUGAUUCCUGAUGGAUUGCAACAUGUAACCACCCUCAAAGAAUUGAAGUUGACGAUGAUUGCGGAAGAACUCAAAGAAAGGGUGAGAGAGAACGAGGGAGAGGACUGGUAUAAGAUCCGACACAUACCCUCUCUUAUCUACUGAUGUGGCUGAUGGAGAUUGGCUGGUCGCUAGCGUGUCAGGGGCCCACAGAAGUCGAAUUCUUACUCCGUUACAGAACCGUCCGCCCAAGUACAGUUCGGCCAGGGCACCACAUUCGUUCGUCUGUAAAAGAUGUUUGUUAUUAUGGUUUUAAUUGAGUGGUUUGUGUUACUUUAUUGAUUUCUUGUUAUAGAUCUUGUGAAAUGUUAGAGAAUAAUAUAUGUAAUCUUCUGUUUGUUCUUCA